AUUUGCUGCUUUCCAUCAUCCGGUCCAGAUCCCUCGCUCGCUGCUCUUCGCGCAACUGCCUGUUCCCCUUGUGUGUGCUCGUUUGCGUGAUCCGGGUGGAUUGAUGAAGCAGCCAGGUGCGUGAUUGGCGUCAGUUGAGGUGGAGACACAAUUGACUUCGAAGCUUCUCGCUUCUUUCACUCGGAUUUGUGGAUUUCGCACUCAUUCUGCUUUGACGAAUCUCAGUGAGGUGGACUGUGGAGGCGUCAGACGGUGUGGCCGUCGAGCAGUCUCGAGCACGAGGGUGGGCUCUGAUGUGGAUUAGUGUUCAGGUGCGAUUGCUGUGGAGUGUUGGUUGAUGCUGCAUGCGAUUGUUCGACUCUUGCAAUGAUUUUUGGUAAUUGUUCGUAGUGAGGGAGUGAAGUGAAGUGAAGUGACGUGACAUGAAGCAAAGAGGGCUGGAUCACGGCAGGACGUGCUUGUGAACGAGGCGGUGGUAGGGGCGCAUUGCAGGCGGGCGUUGGUACGCAGGAGGCACUAAGAAGAGAAGGCCUGUUCAUUGAAGCUCGGUUCCGCAUUCUUUGCACUGCAGUUUUGGUUUCUUGAGAUUUGCUAAAGCUCUUCUGCUCAGUGCAAGUCUAUGGGACAACUGGAGGUGUAUCAUAAGCUGGUUUCUUUCGUGAGCUUGCGCGAUGUGAGAAGUUUGGAGAAAUUAUUUGGUGAUUUCUACAGGGACUUGUGAAUUUUAAAAUAUUUUUUUAGAGCAAGUUUGUGGACGAGUUCUAUUGAGAAUCUCCAGAUUGAAGCACGACAUUUCCAGGGAAAUCAAUUGGUGAGAAGGCAGGUUUCAAGUAUAAGUUGAAACGCUCGCUGAAUGGUAAAAGAAGUGUUUACAGGGUGGGCUUCUCUCAAGGCUACGCAAUUAGACCAAAGGAUACCUAGAAGUAAUAGGUAUGGCGAUCCAUACCUUGAUACGCCCCUCGCUGCGCUCCCGUCAGCCGCAAGCAAAGAUCAGGGCAGAAGUGUCUCGAAGGGCACAUACCGGUGCCCCCGUCAGAAUACGGAUAGGAAGUCAAGAUUGGAAAUGCAACAUCGUUCAAAAUUUUAAACAAGGAUGGCUACAUGUUGACCUGCAAUCUGCUUUCAGAAAAAAUGUUGCUACCCCAUCGCAGAAGUGCUACUACCAAGAGGUUAGUGCCGAAGUGAUCGAUGUUGUGAGCGAGGAAGCUGUAUUGAAUGCAACAAUUGCUAGUGAAUUGGAAGCACUUCAAGUGUCUUUACCGACCGAUGAUGAGGGAGCCUUGGAAGUCCUGUUACCUACCUUGCAGGUACAAUCUUUGGAGGAACAAGAGAAGUUGGCCGCAACUCCGGCACAUCCCGAGGGUCUUUGCGCCUUGUAUGGCAGCUACUUUGCCUCCUGCUUCGUGGAGCAUACUUGGCGCUUCGCAUGGCCUGCUGUCAUUGCAGUGAUGCAUCACACCCUCCUUCCUGUUGCCGUCGUCAGCUUCGUGAGUCAGCUUGUGAUAUUUGCUGCAGGUCCUUGGUUAGGAGCUAUGUUGGAUUCCAUGCCUCGAGUGGCUGCUUUUAAAGGGUUAUGCAUUGUUCAGACGCUUUCUAUGCUGGCCUCUGCAGGGGCUACUGUGUAUGCCCUUAGUGGAGCAGCACCAAUAGCCUCCACAGCCACCGUUUUAUUUCUUCAACCCUGGUUUCUGGUGCUCGUUGCGGCGUCUGCUGUUGAGCGGCUAACUGGACUGGGUAGUGGUGUGGCGUUUGAAAGAGAUUGGGUAGUUUCGCUGGCCGGCGCGAAUCGUCCUAUUGCAUUGUCAAAUGCAAAUGCUACUCUACGGAGGGUUGAGCUGGUCUGCGAGAUAGCAGGUCCUUUUGUUUUUGGAAUGUUAUUGUCCAAGUACGACCCAAAGUUGUGCGUGAAAAUGACAGUUGGAGUAAUGGUCGUCGCGCUUCCCAUUUUGCUUAAACUGGUGGACGCUACUGAUAGACUGUCGAAAGGAGCUCUACAGCGUCCUAAGCAUGCAACUGUUGGAGACAAGAUAAAGGGCAGUAAUACAGAUACACAACACGAAGAAGCAGCAGGUGGUGGACUGCAAGCUGUGAUACGUGGAUGGAAACAAUACUUGGCGCAACCUGUUUUACCUGCUAGUUUAGCGUAUGUGCUUCUGUACUUCAAUGCCGUCUUAGCACCAGGUGGCUUGAUGACGACGUAUCUUACCCAACAAGGAGUAAAUCCUUCGUUGGUUGGCUUGUUUAGAGGAUUGAGUGCACUUAUGGGCUUUGGUGCAACUUUCCUUUCAGCUACGCUGAUUGGCAAACUUGGGGUGUUGAAGGCAGGUGCGGCUUCAUUAAUUUUUCAAGCCUUGGUGCUUGCUAUGGCGGUUGCAGUAUAUUUGAGCAACCCCUUUGGGCUUCAGUACUCACUGAUUUUGUUUCUCUUCUUAACGGUCGUCUCCCGCUUAGGUUACUGGGCCUAUGAUAUGGUGGAUGCCCAGAUUUUUCAAACUGCAAUUCCAGCAACUCAAGCCAACCUCGUGGGAACAACAGAAGUAUCAUUAGCAAGUUUAGCAGAACUUGGAAUGCUGGGGGUGGCUAUUGUUGCCAACGACGUGAAAUACUUUGGACAUUUGGCAGCGCUAUCAAUGGCCGCUGUGGUAGGUGCUGCUUGGAUUUAUUGGCACUGGUUGGCAAAUCCUACUGAUGACCAACGACGAUUAUUUCCACAUGACCCACACUUCGAUGAUUCAGAGAAAGCUAGGCAACUGGGACUACAGACGCUUGUUCCAUCGACUGUGGCAUAAUAUCUUUCACGUCUCAUAAUGCAGUUAGUCACACUGUAGAGUAUCUAAUUCAUUUUUGGAAUAGGGCAUGGCAGAUUUGUGACAAUUGUAUCACUUGAUGUCCACUUAUUGAUUGGCGCAGGAUGAAAAUCAGAUUCUCAGUGAUCUGCUAUUGUAUUCUGCCUAGACAAGAGUGAAACACGAAUACAUUUGCAUUCAGGGACAAAGGUCCAUGAAUGUAUUGACAGGGACUGCUUUUGGCAGUGAUGGCCUCCAUAGCUAACUACACCUUCUGAACACAGCCUUGUACAUACAGCUGGAACUUGCUACAUUUUUCAGAAGUGUGUAGAGACACGUGUAUGAACUGUUCCUUUAUACAAGUUCAAUCGGGUAUACUUGGCACUCUUG